CAAUUGGGGCAUUUGUUUUGUCCACUCCCAUUGUACAGCCGCCCUCUCCGCACCCGCCUAGCGCAUUCUUUUUUAUAUAUUUCCUUAAGCUGAUCUUUUUUUACUUUUUUUCUUUUUUGUCUCUCUCUCUUUCUUUCUUCACCCCUUGUUGCUCUUUCUUCAUCUAGUUUCCUCAUCAGCACACAUCUACUUUCCAUCCUCUCCACUCAUCUUCCCCCCCUCGACAUCCUUUUUUUUUCCUCCCCUCCCUUCCUUUCUACUCAGCCAACUGAAUAGAAAGAAAGAAGUAAACAUAAAAAAGAAAAGAAAAAAAGAGUGAAGCAUCAACAAAAUGUUGGGAUUCGGAAACCGCAUACAUGAGUCCGACUAUGUGAGCGAAGCUGGUCUUGCCAACCUGCGUUUGUACAAGUAUGGCUGUAUCGACAAGUCGCCCAUAACAAAGUACAUUCUGAGCCAUUACUGGAACUGGGCCGUGACCUUGUUCCCAAUGUGGAUGGCACCUAACUUGAUUACGUUAAUCGGCUUUGGAUUCGUGAUUACAAACAUGUUGGCGGUGAUCUACUACAUCCCUGACCUGUAUACCCCCGGGCCUACCUGGGUCUACUUCAGCUGUGCCAUUGGACUGUGGCUGUACUCGACUUUUGACAAUGUGGAUGGAAAGCAAGCUCGUCGCACGGGAACGUCUUCGCCUCUAGGAGAGCUUUUUGACCAUGGAUGUGAUGCCUUGAAUUGCUGCAUUGGCUCUGUCAACCAGGCUGCCUGCAUGUCCAUGGGCCACUCUUGGUACUCUGCAUUCCUCUUGCUCCUCACCACUCUGCCCUUCUUCUUGUCAACCUGGGAAGAAUACCACACCGGUGUUUUGUACCUGGGAUAUGUCAAUGGUCCAACCGAGGGUCUCCUCAUUGCUUGUAUUGUGAUGUUGAUUUCUGGAUUUAAAGGCCCCAUGUUCUGGAGAAGCGAGAUCGUUGAGAUCUUCGGUACCAACUUUGGUAUCUUUCCCAAGGAUUGGAUUGUCUUGGAUCUCAUGGUUACUGCUAUGACGAUGUUGCUCGUCUUUGGUCACAUCCCUCCAUGCCUGAUUGCUGUCUACAAGUCAUGCAAGGAACAGAACAAGUCUGUGAUUGCUGCCUACUCUGAGUUGUUGCCCAUUUCGCUGUUCUUGGUCAGUGCCUAUGCCUGGUUGUCGUCACCUUAUUCGUAUAUUUUCUCUGCACAGCAUUUUAUUCUCUUUGCAGUCACUGUCGGUAUUGUCUUUGGACGUAUGGCUACCAAGAUCAUUUUGGCACAUGUUACCAAGAUGCCCUUCCCAUAUUUCACCGUCCAGCUCAUCCCCUUGGUCGUCGGCGCUUUCAUUACCAACGCUCCUGUUGUUUUCGGCUGGGACCCUAUCUUCAGCGCCGACACCGAAUACUACUAUUUGUGGGCCUACUUCAUCUUCGUUGCUGUCGCCUAUGCCCAAUGGGCUUUUCUCGUCAUUGAUAGGUUCUGUACCUAUCUUGGUAUCAAGUGCUUGUCCAUUCCUAGGAUCAAAGCGCAGCAAUCUGAAGAGGAAGAGGGAUUGAUCGGAGGCUCAAACCGCAAUUACCAGGACUAAAUGUUCUCCAGGAAG